CCGCUGGCUUUACAAUAUUCACACAAGAUGAGCUACGUCGCCAAGGACAAGGACGAGUCGGGCCUCCCCUCGGCUCAGAUUCACAAGAUCCGCAUUACCCUCACGUCGAGGAACGUCAAGAACCUCGAGAAGGUCUGCUCGGACCUCGUCACUCGCUCCAAGGACAAGGACCUCCGCGUCAAGGGCCCCGUUCGUCUGCCCACCAAGGUCCUCACCCACACGACCAGGAAGUCGCCUUGCGGUGAGGGUUCCAAGACCUGGGACCGCUUCGAGAUGAGGAUCCACAAGCGCCUCAUCGACCUGCACUCGCCCUCCGAGAUCGUCAAGCAGAUCACGUCGAUCUCGCUCGAGCCCGGCGUUGAGGUCGAGGUCACGAUCCUCAGCUCUUAAGAGGGUCCAGAUUGGCGGAGGGAUUGUUUCGGAGUGAUCCGAUGCAGGUCCAAGUCUUGAAAAGGGACAUGGCGGGUUGCCUCUUGAAGACGCGGCUCGUCGUCCCAUGUCACCUACGCUUGUACAACAAUUCCUCAUACGACCUUUCAUGAAUGGAAAAGCUCUCAUUCCAUUUCUUUCUGAGACGCAGAUGUUGCUGUUUGCAUCGUCUCGGGUCAGGGUCUCUGUUGAGGAAACUCGGUCUUGGUGCAACACGUCUAUGCAGUGCUUGCCAUUGCUCCUGAGCUGAGACAGCAUUGCUCUUAGCAUGCUCAUUAGAACUGUCAUUUUGGUGGCCUGCGCGGUAUGUAUGAAUGCGUUUGGCAGAUAUAGUACAGAUGCUCGCGGACUCUUCAAUUGAUAUCUUCGUGUUGUUGAGGC